CUGUAAGGGGGAUGUGGGAAUGUGGACACGAGAAAAGGACGAGAUGCAGGUCUCGACACGCAGAUUAUGUUCCACCAUAUCCCAAUCAUUUUUUUAAAAGAAGAAAUGCAGCUGGCACUGAGCAGUCGAAUGUACAUACGGGCAUCUCGUGGAACUGGCUUCGCGCGACUUCGAUCAAUGAAAGCUUGCAGCAGCAGCAGCAACAGCAGCAUCAGCUGCGCUGGCGUCGACGACAGCUGAGCGAGAGGCUAGCUGCUGGCGACCUUGAGCACAGGGACUGGAGACAGCAGCACCCGGCUCCAUCUGUGUGAAAAUUGGGAGGAAAUCGUUUUCUUCUGUGAAAUGACUCUCUCAGCAGCAUCUGAUGCUAUAAUCGUGCUGUCCACCAUGCAAGCAACGGAAGGGAAAAUGGAUCCCCACAUUAUCGCCCUGAUACAAGGGAUCGUGGUUCUGCUCUGAAACACUGAGGCCACAGACAACAUUUGCGGCGCUGUUGUGAGCGGAUUUCGACUGGAUGAUUGGGGUCUGGUGGGUUCCUCUCGCUGAAUGGACACAUGUCAGUGGAUUCAGCAUCAGUGUGACUUGAAAUGCCAGAAUGAAGUGACUUUGGAGGCAAACGGUGAUUUCACAGCUUCUCGUUCAUAAACUGUUGUAGACAGGGGCUGUUGUCUAGAUGAAUAUAAAGUCGAACUCUCCAGCCAGUAAGUAUAUUCCGGUUUCUGUGUCUUCGGGAAUUUUUUCUUCUGAGAUUAAAGGCUAGCCUGACUCGCUGUAUUUCUCUGUUAGAACUUAGGCGAGACAACGUGUGAGUAGGGCUGUGUGGACAGACAUUUUCAAAAAUUCUGAAUCUUUUCCAUGUGCCAUUUGCAUUCAGAUGUGGGAACACGUGCUUGGGCAUCGGAAAUACUAACACUCCGAUAUAUUAAUAAGCUCCAAUCACCUGCAACCAACUCAAUUUAUCUCCUUCCUGUGGUCCACAGAGGUAAAGCCAGGACGCAAAGUCUUUGUCUAUGUAGAUAUAUGUGUAUUUUCUGUCCACUGUGCGCUACGGAUUGACGAAGAUCUGUCUGGACCUAAGAAGAGAGUGGCGGAAAGAAAGAAAACAAUACAAAAAUACCAGAAGAAAAUUAUAAAUAAAUAAAGACAACAGUCCAAAGACAACAGCGCUGUCGGACAGACGUCAUUUCCGGACCUGUGGUGUGCUGCUGCCUCAGCUGUGAAUGUCUUCGGUAAUGCAGACCGACCACCACAACGCGGCCUUCCAGUCGGUGGGAAGACGGUGUUCGGACAGGCUACGGCAGCAGAACACGCCGCAAGACUCCAGUAUGGCCGAUUAUCUUAUCACUGGAGGCACUGGCUACGUACCUGAAGACGGCAUGACUGGAGCACAGCUGUUCGCCACUGGCGGAGGCAUGACGUACAAUGAUUUCCUCAUAUUACCUGGUUUCAUAGACUUCACUCCAGAUGAAGUGGAUCUGACAUCAGCAUUGACUAAGAAGAUCACAUUAAAGGCUCCGCUUGUUUCCUCUCCAAUGGACACUGUCACAGAAUCUAAGAUGGCAAUUGCUAUGGCAUUAUGUGGAGGAGUAGGUGUCAUUCAUCAUAACUGCACACCAGAGUUCCAGGCAAAUGAAGUACGACGUGUGAAGAAAUAUGAACAAGGCUUCAUUUUGGACCCUGUUGUAAUGUCGCCUACACAUACUGUGGCAGAUGUCUUGGAUGCAAAGAAAAGAUUUGGUUUCUCAGGCAUUCCAGUCACAGAGAAUGGUCACAUGGGAGAGAAACUUGUUGGACUUGUGACCCAGCGUGAUGUUGACUUCCUCGUCCAGGAGCAGUACAAUACACCACUUUCUGAGGUUAUGACACCAUUUAAAGAUCUCAAUGUGGCCCCACAUGGUGUAACUCUGAAGGAAGCUAAUGGCAUUCUCCAAAAAAGCAAGAAAGGAAAACUUCCAAUUGUCAACGAUAAGGGAGAGCUAGUUGCCCUUAUUGCUCGCACAGACACCAAGAAGAACAGGGAGUUUCCAUUGGCUUCCAAGGAUGAGAGGAAGCAACUGUUAGUGGGAGCAGCAGUUAGUACCCAUGAGGAGGAUAGAAAGCGUGUGGAGUUACUGGUUCAGGCUGGGGUUGACUUUCUAGUUUUGGAUUCAUCGCAAGGCAACUCCAUUUACCAAAUAAACAUGAUUCGUUGGAUAAAGCUUAAUUUUCCUGACAUGCAAGUCAUCGCUGGCAAUGUCGUAACUGCUGCACAAGCCAAAAAUCUGAUCGAUGCUGGAGCUGACAGCUUGCGUGUUGGUAUGGGCAGCGGCUCCAUUUGCAUCACUCAAGAAGUGAUGGCAGUUGGACGACCUCAGGCAACAGCUGUCUAUAAGGUUGCCGAAUAUGCUCGUCGCUUUAGUGUGCCUGUGAUAGCAGAUGGUGGGAUAUCCUCUGUUGGCCACAUCAUGAAAGCCUUGGCUUUAGGUGCCUCAACAGUCAUGAUGGGCUCCAUGUUAGCUGGCACAUCAGAGGCACCAGGAGAAUAUUUUUUUGCUGAUGGUGUGCGACUCAAGAAAUAUCGUGGCAUGGGCUCUCUGGAUGCCAUGGAGGUGCAUAAAGCAAGUCAGGCUCGCUAUUACAGUGAGAGUGACAAGGUCAAAGUUGCCCAAGGAGUAUCUGGAAACAUUGUGGACAAAGGGUCUAUUCACAAGUUUGUGCCAUAUCUCAUUUCUGGUAUCCGCCAUGGUUGUCAAGACAUUGGCGCAAGGAGUCUUUCACUCCUCAGGUCGAUGAUGUAUUCAGGUGAACUGAAACUUGAAAAAAGAACCACCUCUGCACAGAUUGAGGGAGGUGUACAUGGACUUCAUUCGUACGAAAAACGACUGUACUGAGAGAGUACUGUGAUCACUGGUGGUAUUCAUCUUUCCAGCAAAGGCAAUAAAAAGACACUAGACUUCGUGCAAUUCGGGAGAACUUUGUGGCAUUUAAAAUUGUUUUUCUUUGGAUAAUGUUUUUAGUGUGAAAAAGGAGGAAAGGUGCAAUCUCUAUAUGUUUGGUUUCGCAAAAACACUAUUUGCUUAGAGCCCUUGGGUCAUUCAAAUGACAUCAAAUGAACUCAUUAAAGAAGAGUUUUCAUGAGCUAGCACAAUUCCUUUCUGAACAGGGUGACUGAAUAGCAUUUUUAGAUGAUAGCACAGUUUUUUUGCCAGAGACAGGGGCUCUGCAAACCGAUUUUUUGUUUUCUAAAAUAUAAAAAAAAAUUAUUUGAAUGUACAUCUGGCUUUAUUAUGAUAUACUCAUGAGCUGGUUCAGUUGUUCAGAGCUGGAUAUCUGCUGAAAUCUUGUUAAGGUGUGUAAAAGUUGACGUUGUUGCAGUUAUUUGAAAGCAGGGUUUUCUGACAGAACAAACAACUAAAAGUACAGUGAGACCUCGAUAAGUCGAACUCAAAGGGACCUGAAAAAAAAUUUGACUUACAGAGUUUUCAAGUUAGGGAAAAUGGUGUAAUAGGUAUUUGGCCAGGAACUAACAAUUAAUUCGAUAUAGGGAGGUUUUUGACUUAGGGAAGGUCAACUUAUCGAGGUCCGACUGUAUAAGAUAAAAACUUUUCUGUAAAAUUAAAUAGCAGACAUGAUUUGUUUUUGGUAGAAACUAAAGGAUAGGCAGAUGUAUGCCUUUUGUUGCUACAUGCCUUUUUGUCUUAAUGGUCAGCGAUAAAUUGAAACAUAAAUCUCAUCUUACAUUAAAGGUAUUAAAUAUAUACAACUGUCCACACCUUCAUAUGUGUGCAAGUUGUUAUAUUUUCAUAUUGUUUGCAUCAUGAUAGUAAUUAAUUCAUUAUUAUAUCCGUAAAUAUGGUUCAAAUGUCCCUUACAUUUAAAAAAUUUUUGUGAUUUUGGCAGCACUUUUUUUUAUAUACAGUGGAGUUUAGUUGUGAUAACUGAUCUAUUUAUUGUAUAUUUGAGCUGGAAUUCAUUCCAUCAUUGCUGUAUACUGCAUUUUCUCUUAACUAGAGAAAAAAAAAAAGAUGAAAUACAAGUCUUCACUUGUAAAUUUUACAAAAAACUAACACCUUUGAUUAUGCCAUGUAUGUUGUAAUUGCCUUCAUUAACCACCAUUGCUCAUUUUGGUUUUUAUUUUCAUUUUUAGUGUCAUAUGCUAUGGUAUCAACAACUGUACAUUUUAUAGAAAGAAAGAUGAUAAAGCAUAAUUUUUUUUUUCUUAUUAAGGCGAGUAGUGGGUUGAGGACUAAAUGAAGUGCAUGCUGUUGGUGGUCUUCAGUACUCAAUUUCAUCAUGCAAUACUGUGAUCUGAAAAGCACUUGAACAAGCACCAUUAACAAAAUGAAGUUACAAAAGUAAGAAACAGGUUUAUAGCACAAUUUUGGUCGAGGUUGUCUAGCAUCUAUUUUGAGGCACUACUUUAUUAUUUCUAUAUCAUCAUGAGUCAAAUGUGAUCAGCAGGUAGAAUUUCCUACUUUUUUUAUGAGAGAAUGGACGCAUGAGUGUGUACCUCGGUAAAUAUAGCAGAUUUUAUGACCUUUUAAAAAGUGCAUAACUUGUGUAGGAAAACAUGAUGUAUCUUUAGGAAAUACAAUAAUACAUGAUUCCAAAAAUGCCA